UAUGGUUACAACAUAGCCACGGCCAGGUUGUUCAUUUUGCUGUCACUAACCUGUGUAAAAAACAGGUCAAAAGUCCUACAAACGCCGAACCUUCUCUCCACGACCGUCGAGCAGGCUUGACAGACGUGAGCAUGUCCGGUGACCUCGCUGGAGUGUGGGAGGUUGCACUGAGCGAUGGAGUCCACAGGAUCGAGUUCGAACAUGGCACGACCACCGGGAAGCGGGUGAUAUACGUAGAUGGAAAGGAGGUGCUGAGGCGAGACUGGAUGUUUAAAUUGGUGGGAAAGGAGACUUUCAGUGUGGGCAAAUUAGACACCAAAGCAACCAUCAACAUCGAUGCAGUCAGCGGGUUUGCCUACGAGUACACCUUGGAGAUAAACGGGAAAAGCUUAAAGAAGUACAUGGAGAACAGGUCAAAAGUCACGAGCACCUGGCUGCUUAACCUGGAUGGAGACGAUUUGAGGGUGGUUUUAGAGAAAGACACCAUGGAUGUCUGGUGUAAUGGACAAAAGAUUGAGACAGCUGGUGAGUUUGUGGAUGACGGCACAGAAACCCACUUCACUCUUGGUGACCACAACUGCUGUGUAAAGGCUGUGAGCAGCGGGAAGCGACGAGAUGGCAUCAUUCAUACACUUCUAGUGGAUGGCGCCGAGAUUGCUGAAUGCACAGAGUGACUUUGUGUUGCGUUUUUUUUUUAAAUCCAAGAACCACAAAUGUUUUACACUGUUGUGAUCACAGAUUACUUGACUGAAAUGUUGUAUGUCCUAAAUAGCUGCCUAGAGAUGCAAGAUGCUGUCAUGUAACAAGAUCUAAGGACCUGCUGUCUGACAACACUGCAAAAACAUUACACUGUAAUUGUGACAAAUAUUGACAGAAUAUAGUGCCAUAUGUAUUUAAUCUUAUUUCAGUUUUCUGUAAUUGGGAACAAGAACAAGUUGCAUUUAAGUUAUGCCUCGUCUAUAUAUCUGCUGUCAUCAAAACACACUUUGUCUGACUCCCUGAUCAAUUCCAAUAAUGAGCUGGAGGACUAAUCACCAGGGCACAAACAAUUCUUUGAAAUUUGAAAUCUAUUUAUCUGCUAUCUGUACUGUAUAUGGGGAUCAGUGAAGCAUACAAGGUUAUUCAAGAGUCAAAUUGCAUGCCAAAUAUGACAAAUGUUGGCAGGUCUGCAAUAAUACUGAAAUUCCUCCCUGCCCCAUUAUAUUAGAAACACUGCAAAAAUUGCACUGCUGUUUUUCAUUUUCAUAUAAAGCCAUGCUCAGGUGGUGGUUUGACCAUUCAGUUUGUAAAUAUUUCUAUUUUUGGUAAUCGCAGUAAAUGUAAAAUCAUAAAACUUGUUAGUAAACCUUAAGCUAUCAUUUUAAUUCCUGUAAUUUUCAGCAAUAGUCGUGUUUUGUGAAUGAUACUGUAGGUACUUUACUAAUUUAUAAAAUUAUGGUGAACUUAACUUUGUAAAAUGUAUUUAAAAUAGUCUGUGCUUUGUAAGUAUGACAUACAGUCAUGGAAAAAAAUAUUAGACUACUUUGUUUCUUCACUUUCUUGUUCAUUUUAAUGCCUGGUACAACUAAAGGUACAGUUGUUUAGAGAAACAUAACGAUGACAACAAAAAUAGCAAGAGUUAUAUUUUUUAGAAGUACAAUGUUAUAGUUAUUUAUGUAAGAAUAUAAGUGAGUUGGGGAAAAGUAAGAAAAAAAUUGGAAGUUGCUAGAUAUCUUUUAUUACCCAUUUAUGUUAUCAUCAUUACAUCUGUUCAAACAAAUGAACCUUUGGUUGUAUCGGGCAUUAAAUUGAACAACUAAAGUGAAGAAACUGAUAAUUUUUUCCAUGAUUGUAUAUUGUGGUUGUUUUUCCAAAUUCUAUUUCCAUUUGUAAAGUAGCAGAGAAGUGCAAAAUGUUUAUUUCUUAUAUAUAUUGUAGAAAAACAAUAAAAACAAAAUAAAAAUUGUGUUUAACUGAGAUUUGUCUCACAAUGUGAGACAAUGUGAGAAGAUUUUGAUGGUGACUGGUGAAAGGCUGACUUAUUGUAAGUCUCCAGAGACAAUGACCUCUUAUUGGUGGUCUAUGCCGGCAUAGCAUGAGGAGACGACCCAACAGUGCUCUUUUUGAACUGUGUUAUAGAAAG